GCUUCAGUGCGUCAUCUUCGGGAUUCGGUGAUGCAUGAACAUUGAACAAGCGCGUGGGUUCUCCCGGUAAAAGCGUGCUUACGGGGAUCUCCUCCAGCACACGAGCUCCUCACUGCGGGUUUGCACCAUAGUCUGUAUGAACCAGACCCUAGCCUGUAUUUCAUCUUAACGUUACAUAACGGUGAUCGACAGGACCGGAGCAUCUGUCAACUCCACACAGCGGCUGUAACCUCGUCUUCCGCGAGCAUCCGGAGCUCAGAGAGCAAACCGACACAGUGAGCAUGGCGGAACCGGAGCUGUCGCCCGCGGCGGACCCGUCUCUGCGAUCCCCGCGCUCGGCCCCGCUGUCCCUGUCGUUCCCGUUCCUGAGAGAAGGCAGCCGUGUUUGGGAACGAGCCGCACUGCAGCCCGGGGAGUUACCGAGUCCCCUGCCCACCAAGCGCACGCGCACUUACUCCGCGACUGUCCGUGCAAACGCAGGUCCCGUCUUUAAGGGCGUGUGUAAAAACUUCUCGCGGUCGAAGGGUCACGGCUACAUCAGACCAGCUCACGGUGGAGAGGACAUCUUUGUACACAUCUCAGAUAUUGAAGGAGAGUACGUCCCUGUGGAGGGAGACGAGGUCACAUACAAGGUCUGUCCAGUCCCACCCAAGAACCUGAAGGUCCAGGCCGUGGAGGUGAUCAUCACGCACCUCAAACCAGGAACCAAACACGAGACCUGGUCGGGCCAGAUCAUCAGCUCCUAGGAUCCAGUCGGAGCAGGACUGCAGGGGGCGAGGGGGGCAGAAGAGCAUCAUGGGAAGGCUUUUGAAAGUAGAGGGAGGCAGAGAAUGUUGAGUUCAGCAGAACGAGCAACGUUACGGGAACAUCAGACCUGAAACAGACUCUGCGCAAGUAUUUAUUUCACACGUCCAUGUGGUUUGAAACGUCUCUGAAUAUACGUCACAUUCGUAACAGAAGUUUGCGUAGAGCUUGUUUGUGCUUCGACGAGUCGUCUGGUGGUGUGAGGAACUGUGAAAUCAUGGUUGAACAUCCUCAAACUGGACUGGGAAAGAAUCAAACGCAUUGUUUCGGAGGCACACGCUACACUUGUGGCUGUUAUUUUUUUUAUGCAUUAAUGUUAAAUGGAUGGUAAUAUGGUAAUAGGAGUGAAUCUCACAAAAACCUGUCCAGAUCAUAACAUAUUCACAGUUAUAUUCACCCCAAAAUCAAAAUGGAAAAAUUAAAUGAUGUCCUCCAUAAAAUUAUCAGGACAAUUAAACACAUUUCCCCCAAAAUUAAUAACACUGCAGGGAAAAAAAAUCUUAGUUAAACUGUAAAACAUUAAAUAUCAUGAUUGAAUUAGUUGUACUGGCUCAAUGCAGUUAGAUGUAUUCAUGCACUUUACAGAUUUGAAUUUAAAAAUCAUGGGAAUCAAAACUGAGAAUAAAAAUGUUUAAAAAUGUUGAUUAAAAAAAAAAACAGUGCAGCAUUCAGUGUUUUGUCUAAAAAAGUAAUGAACAUUUUUGAAGGUAGAUGCUUUAUUCUCAUAGAAGCCACAAUGCAAAAAAAAUAAAAAUCUUAAUGUCCUAAAGUCAACCUUAAUUUUCAUUAAACGAAAUCUUUUCCAUCAGAGUUCAGGGUGAAGUAAGACUCAGACGUGAUCUUGGCAGGUUCUGUGAUUUAUGCUGGAACUGAUGCAUCAUGGACUAAUAUUGCACUUGAAACCCCAAAUAUAAACUGCCAAACUGACUUCUUCUCCCAGAACUCUUUCUCGGGAGCUUUUCAGGGCAAAAAGCAGCAUUUUGUAGACAGCUGAAGAAUAACAGUCGGCUAGUAAAUGCAUUUAAACAGCAGUAGUACUAGUGACGCUAAAGAUCUCGUGUUGUUUUUGCUGUAUGUGUUGUUCAUUGUGUGAUCAGAGAUCCAGUCACGUGAAGAACGGUUGUGUUGUUGGUUUGGUCACGUGAUCAGUAGCAUGUUCUUCAGUUUGUCAUCAGAUUUCUAUGCUUCUGAAUCUCACUUGGGCUUCAACUGAUGUUUGUUUUUAAAUGUUUUUUAUUUUUAUUUUCAGCACUUUCUAGAGCUCAGAUCACUGUGGUCAACAUCAUCACCGUGUGCACUUUGCAGUACUAAUAAAAUUAAUUCAUGAUGUA